AUGUCCUUGUCCCGCCUCGCCGAGAAGCUGUCCCUCCCAGGAUCCGACCCCAACGCCCUCUUCCUCAAGGUCGUGUCGGAUAUCUGGGACGCCGGGUCCAACCCGGAUGGCUUCAUCAACCUCGGCGCCGCCGAGAACUCGCUCAUGCACGCGGAGCUGCUCGAGCACAUACACAGCAACAUCAAGAUCCCACCCAUGGCCCUGACGUACGGCGACGGCCACAAAAGGGUCAAGCACGCCGUCGCCCGCUUCCUCACGCGCCACCUCAAGCCCUUGACCCCCAUCGAGCCGGGCCACGUCCUCGUCAGCAACGGCUGCACCCCCGCCAUCGAGAGCAUAUCGUGGGCCUGCGCCAACUCGGGCGACGCCAUCCUCAUCGGGCGCCCGUACUACGGCACCUUUCCGGCCGACGUCGGCAAGCGCACCGGCGUCGAGCUCAUCCCCCUCAGCUUCGGCGGCGUCGAUCCCAUGGGCGCCGACGCCGUCCGUGCCCACGACGAGGCCAUCUGCGCGGCCAAGAAACGCGGGCAGCGCGUCGCCGCCAUCAUCCUCGCCCACCCGCACAACCCCCUGGGGCGCUGCUACGGCCGCGACGCCCUCGUGGCCUACAUGGAGCUCUGCCAGCGGCACCAGAUCCACCUUGUCAGCGACGAAAUCUACGCCCUCUCCGUCUUCGAGAACAGGGCCGACACGGAGGCGCCGCCGGUGCCGUUCCAGUCGGUGCUCUCCAUCGACCCGACGGGCAUCAUCGACCCGGGCCUCGUCCACGUGCUCUGGGGCAUGUCCAAGGACUUUGGCGCCAACGGACUGCGCAUGGGCUUCACCAUUACGCAGCACAACCAGAGGUUGCGCACGGCGCUGCAGGCCGUCUUCGAGUUUUCCUGGACCUCGUCGCUGUCGGACCUGGUGACGGCCAACAUGCUCGAGGACGACGAAUGGGUCAAGGGAUACAUUCAGGAGAACCAGCGGAGACUGUCGCUGCACCACCAAAAGGUCAUCACCUGGGCACGCGAGCACGGCAUCGAGUACGCGCCGGGCAGCAACGCCGGCUUCUUCGUCUGGGCCAACCUGGGCGCCGUGUACCGCAAGCACUGCGCCGGGCCAGUCGCGGACCUCGACAAGGCCGUCAUGGACAGCCUCAUCGCCCACAAGGUCUUUCUCGCCGACGGGGUGCAUUUCGGGGCCGAGCAGCCCGGGUGGUUCCGCAUCAUCUUUUCGCGUGAGGAAGAUUACAUCGAGGAGGGCCUUCGCCGGAUCGCUGCCGCCAUUGGAGAGGGGCAGAGCGCUGCCGCCGAACCCCCCCAGGCGGUCAAUGGCGGCGAAGGGGGCCGGCUGCACAACACGGCGCCUGUUCUCCGGCACGAGCCCGCCACCAAUUUGUCAACGAUUGGCAUUUGCCUCUGA